AUGUAUGCCAGGCCUUCCUUCUGCAUCGCGCUGGCAUAUGGGGCACAAUGGCUGUUCGGCUGCACUCGUUGCAGGCCGGUGUCACGCCAGAAACAACUGCAUACCGAGGAAGCUCCUAAGAAACCUCGUCGCGAGCCCGGAACCCCGGGAUGCGCAAACAAACGCGUGUCCCAGCGGCCGGGAAGCAACCGCCCACCAGAGCGUGCUUCCCCACAAGCACAUCAGCAGCUCGCCACCUUCCGCACACCUUCGGCAAAUCAGUUCACACGUUGUGAGGUGGAAGGCGUGCUUGUAGCCGGCAGAGGUUCAUCAGCUACUGUGCUCAUCUCACAGGGGUUCAAUGUUGCGGCCAGGCUUUACAAUAUGAAAGAUGUACGCAUUCCGCCCAGUACGCGCCGGAUAACAGGGCAAUCGUAA